AUGAGGUCUACUCAUCUUCGCUUGCCAGACGAGGAAGACACUCUGGAGUCGCAACAUGAUAUUCCUCCUGGGGCAGCUACCGGCGAGGCGGCAGAGGACUCAGAAACGACACUCGCCCCUCGUGAAGACCAGCCACUGCUUCAAUCACCAGACGCAGAUGUUGGUGAUUCUUGGACCCCACCGUCAGGCUUCGGAUGGAUAGAGCUUGCCAUCAUGUCCAACGUUUUCUUAUAUGGUUUUGACGGAACGAUCACCGCGGCCACAUACGCCAUCAUCAGUUCCGAAUUUGAUGCGGCCAACACCGCAUCUUGGCUCACCACUUCGUACCUGGUGACGAGCACCGCGUUUCAGCCACUCUACGGACGAUUUUCCGAUAUAUUUGGAAGAAGAGUUUGCUUUUUCGUCAGCACCAUCACUUUUGGGCUUGGCUGUCUCGGUUGUGGAUUGGCAAAUCACAUCGUUGUUCUCAACUGCAUGCGGGCACUGACAGGAUUUGCAACAAUCGUCAAUUCCGAUAUGAUCCCCUUUCGCAAGAGAGGCAUGUACCAGGCCAUGCAAAACGGCAUGUUUGGAUUUGGCGCAGUAGCAGGCGCCUCAUUUGGCGGCUCUAUCGCAGACUACAUUGGUUGGCGUUGGUGCUUCCUCCUACAGGUUCCCAUUUCGCUCAUGGCGCUUGUCCUGGGCGCAUUCGUGAUCAAGAACCCCGAAGGUGGGUUCGAUAUCGAUACAAAGGACUUGCGGGCCGUUUGGACUCACGUUGAUGUUUCGGGAGCACUUCUCCUGGUAACUGCCGUGUCCGUCCAACUCAUCGGCCUCAGUCUGGGCGGUAAUGAGUUACCUUGGGGUAGCCCAGUAGUCAUUGGGACUCUUGUUGGCAGUGCCUUGUUGCUUGCCCUAUUCUUUUUGGUUGAGUCAAGGACACGAGCAAUCCCCGUCAUCCCGUUGCGCAUGCUGAAGGGCAGGCUUCCUGUCUUGACCCAACUUUCCAACGUCUGCGCUGGCUUUGCUGCAUAUGCGUAUCUGUUCAUGCUUCCCCUGUUCUUUCAAGUGGUUUUGCUCGAUUCUGCUACGAAAGCAGGGGCCCGGCUGGCGAUCCCGUCUCUCGCCACACCUUUGGGAGGGCUCGUGGCCGGCAUCGUCAUGUCUCGUUGGGGCAAACUGAUCUGGCUUAUCAGGCUGGGUGCGCUCCUUAUGCUCUUCGGAAACGGCCUCGUGACGUCUUUGCAAUUCGAAGAUUCCAAAUGGAAAUACUUGCUGUACAUCUUUCCCGCGAACUUGGGCCAGGGCAUCAUCUACCCUUCGAUCCUCUUCACUACCCUUGCCUCAUUCGACCAUGCAGAUCAUGCCGUCUCGGCCUCGACCGUCUACCUUGUUCGCUCGCUAGGAACGGUUUGGGGAGUUGCUAUCACCUCUGCUAUCGUUCAGACCACCCUGAGUAUCCGGCUUCCCGCAGUUCUUGGUGACAUACCAAACAAAGAACAGCUUAUCGAAGAGAUACGCCAUUCGGUAACAGCGCUCAAGUCAGCGCCAGUCGAAGUCCGACUGCCUGUCCGCCUCGUCUACUACGAAGGUAUCAAGUAUGCAUUCGCCGCAUCUACGGCGGCUGCUGGGAUAUCUUUCGUGGCGGCCCUCUUCGCUCACCCCCGAGGUCUGCGCAGCACUCACAAGUAA